AUGCCUAAUGAUAUUACUAAUUGGACAGAAAAACAUUUUAUUGUUUUGAAGAAAUCACUUGAACAGUUCAUUCCACUUAUUCGAUUUUUCGAAAUUUCAUCCAAAGAUUUUUAUUAUAAAGUUCGCCCAUACAAGAAAAUACUUCCUCAAAAUAUAUAUGAGGAUCUCAUGUCUCAUUAUUUGGCUGAAACUGAACCAAAAACAAUCAAUCUAUCACCGAGAAUGGGACGUUGGCGAAUUGAUUCUGUGAUAAUUAAACCAAAACAUGCAAUAAUUAUUGCUAAUUGGAUCAAACGAAUUGAUGGAAAAUUAUGUGUUAGCCGUGUCAGUAAUCAUCAACAUGCAGUUUAUGAUUAUGCUAAUAAUGGUGCACAUUUUGGACAAAGUGAUUUGGUUUUGAAUAAUAACAAUGGGGCAUGUAAUAAGUAUUCUUAUGAAGAUAGUAUUUUAGAUACAAAUAAUUUUAGAAUUGAAGAAAUUGAGGUUUUUAAAAUCGUUGAGAAAUAA